UGUUAUUAUUAUUAUUAUUAUUAUUAUUAUAUCUUAAUACUUCACAACACCCACUAUAAUAUAAUUCUACCAAAACCUCGCGCGCUUCGACGACACUCUCAUCGUGUUAAACUACUGUACGUGUGUGUGUGCGCGCGCGCGCGCGCUUCACGCUGCUGACCGACGACUGUUCGUCACUUCAUUCUUUUGGACUCUAUUGGAAUUGACGUUUUUCAACACUGUGAUCGAAGAAGGAUUUAACAUUAAAUCAUCGUUCUUCGUUUUUUAAAUCCUCAUUCUAAUCCCCCCUCACAUCAAUCUAUCCGAUUGGGGUUUUUAUAUUCUUCAGUAUUUAAAAAUCAACGGAUCGAGUUUUGUUUGUGUGAAGAAGUUGUGAGAAGAAAAGUACUGUACGCGACGUCCGACGGAUUCGUUCGUUUUGAUAAGUGUACCGAUUUAUGUCAUCGACAGUUCUCUGGGAUUUUUCUUUUGGUUUUUAUUUCACUUGGGUGAACUGAUAAUCGUAGAAGGGGAGAAAAAACUGAAUAAGAAGUUGAUGAAGUUGAGUGUCGAGGUUGGAGUAAAAUUGAAGACUUGUUGGAUUGUUGCUGGUGUUUCUGCUGCUGCUGUUGCUGUUUGUGUGCUGAGAUGAAAGAAGAUUAAGAAACAGAGAAGAAGAAAAAUAUUGUAAUAUCUUUCUCUCUCUCUUUCUUUUUUAUCUAUCUUACUCCCUCUCUUUAACACGCUCGAUCCAAUAGUCUGGAUCCUCCGGUGUGUCUCUGCGUGUGACAGUGAGAGUGCAUCUGUCGGGAGGGCGCCUUCAGGGCCGAGUAUAGUCAUCAUCCUCGUGUGCACUAUAAUCUUAAUUAAAACGUGCGUGUAAUCAACUAAAUAUAUAUAUAUCGUUCACGUUUAAUAUUAAAUAUUUCGAUUUGUUAUCAUCGAAAGUAAGUAACAAAGAAACAGUUCGACGUAAAACAGUGACACUGGUUAAACUUUUUUUGUGAUACUUCGAAAAAAGAAAGAAGAAGAAGAAUUGGAACAAAAAGAAUAUUAUUAGUGUUUUGCGGAUUUCGAAAAAGUGAGAAAUAAAAGCUCGUGAAAAAAUAAAAGACCGAAUGAAGUAGUGUGUCCCUGAGUUUAAAAAUGAUGAUCGCGUAGCGGCGCCCGAUUAUCACGGCCCUGAGCGGCCGACACAUCAUGUCACAGUUCUCCUUCCGAGGAUCGCCAAAUCUACAGUGUCCUGUGACAGUAAAUUCGUCGUUAGCGUCUUCGUCGGGUUCACCGUCGUCAGGAGUUCACCUGAGCGCAGGAAGUUCAUCUUUGGUGAAUGCUGCAUCCGGUGUAGGGACAACGAAUCAUCCUCUUGGUGUGGUGGGUGUUGUAUCCAGUGGCGGGGGGGCUGGUGGUCUGUCGAACGCAAGAAUGGCGGUGACGAAUGCGGUGGUACGACCACCGGGGAGUCCAACAGCCUCGGUGAGUCCAUCUCAAGGUCACCCACCGCCAACAACGGCAGGCCCGACAGCCGCUAGGUGCUGUGACACCGGCAGACCCAUCUUCACGGAUCCAAUCACCGGACAAACUGUUUGUUCAUGUCAAUACGAUCUUCUUGGUGGUUAUCAAAGACUUGGAGGAUUACCAACUGCAGCCCUUUCGAUGUACAGCGCACCCUAUGCUGCUGCUGCAGCUGCUGUUGCAUCCGAAGGCAUGGCUGCUUAUUUUCCGAGCCUUGGUGCUGAACAAGCACCAUUUUAUACACNCCAGGCUGCCGGAUUAGAAUUGAAAGAAAACUUAAGUGCAAGUGCAGCGGCAGCAUGGCCCUAUCCGUCUGUGUAUCAUCCCUAUGAUGCAGCAUUCGCGAGUUAUCCUUUCAACGGUUAUGCCGUUGAUUUGAACGGUCAAAGGCGGAAAAAUGCAACGAGAGAAACUACGAGUACGUUGAAAGCUUGGCUCAACGAACAUAAGAAAAAUCCUUACCCGACUAAGGGUGAGAAGAUUAUGUUGGCUAUUAUUACGAAGAUGACGUUAACGCAAGUAUCAACGUGGUUCGCGAAUGCACGAAGGAGAUUGAAAAAGGAAAAUAAAAUGACGUGGGAACCACGUAACAGAGUAGAAGAUGAGGAUAACAAUAACGAGGAUGACGAUAGCGGUAGGAAGAGUGUCGAUGAAAAGGAUCGUCUCGAUUCAAAAGAUUCGGGUACGGGUUCAAGCGAGGAUGGUGAACGGCCAGCUCACAGAUUGGACUUAUUGCAUGGUACAAGUGGUGGUCCAGCUGGUGCACAGGGUAGAACGGAGAGUGAAUGGAGUGAGUCCCGUGCUGACAGUGGUCCGGAUAGUCCGGAAUGUCUGUACGAUCAACGAGAACCAAGGCAUCCUUUGCAACUUCAGCAUCCAGCGUAUUUAACAUCAAGUCAUAAUCGAUUACUUCGUCAUCCAUCACCUGAAAGUACGUCACCGAGUGCUCAUCACCAUUUACCACCAAGUACGAGUGCACCCUCGACGGGUAAUCCAGUUACAACGAAACCAAGGAUUUGGUCGCUGGCAGACAUGGCAAGUAAGGAUGGUGAACAGCAGAGUCCGAAUCCAACGACGAUGACGGGUUUGACGUCACCUUAUGGUGGAGCGGGUGGGGGAGUUGGAGGAGGAGGUGGAGGUGGCGGGGGUGGCGGAGGAGGUGGUGGAUCUGGAGGUGGACCUGGAAAAUUAGUGAGUCCAUUGGCAAACCGUUUACGACCUCAUCAUCAUCCGUUACACCCAGUUAUGCAUCCGGGAACUCAAUUCGUAAGGCCUCACCCAGACUUUUACCGAAACUUCUAUGGGGCAUCGCACCUUGGUUCUGGAGACAUGUCCUUGCUCGAGAGUUAUUCGAGAACACUGGGUGGUUUAGGAGGUGUCAUGCCACCAUCAACAGCUCCAAGUAUAUUAACAUCAUCCUCCUCGUCAAUAACUGGCGCUGGUAACGCCAAACCUUUUUCCAUCAAUGGGGAAGCUACCGGUGUUAUUACAGGACCAACAGUUAUGCUUACAACAGCAUCAUCCGGUUUAUCACCUUCGUCAUCAUCGACGGCAUCAUCGGGUGGUUCGGAUCAUUCACCUCAUCCAUCCGGUCCCAUACCACCAAGUCAAGAACUCAAAUCUCCUGGACGUGUGUGAUUCGACGUCUAAGUAGGUGUGUCAAAUCUUUGAUUAACGAACGAACAGACAAACAACUCUAAAAUAACGAUUACAAAAUUAUAAUAUGAAAGAAAUAACAUAAUAACAAAGUAAGACUUUUAAAUGGUCGCUAAAAUUUUGUUCUUUAGCGACAAACGUGUGCUGUGCUCUGGUGUGUCCGACAAUAAUGACAGACUACAAUCUUGUAAUUAGUGUACAGUGAACGACAUUGGAGUAUAACUCUUAACAUCGGCAACCCUUUUUAUCCUGCUUUGAACAGUCCUAAUCCCUAAUUCCUUAUUCCCGAUCCUAAAUCCUUGACCUGUUCAAAUUCGGUUGUGUUUGAUCAACGAGAAAUAGUAGUCCUGAUAUAUCCGUAAAGAAAAUACGGUAAAUCAUGGUAAAACUAUCCUAGUACUGACUUGAUAGUAAAACAUUAUAUAUAAAUAUUAUAUAUAUAUAUAUAAAUAUAUAAAUAUACAUAAACAUAUGACGAUAAUAUUAUUAUUUAUGCGUUUGUAAAUAGUAGAGAUGGCCUAGUAGAGAGCGUCCGGCCAGUGUAUGUAUUGUAUGUAGAGUAGGUACACACAAUUAUUAUUAUUAUUAUUAUUAUUUCAUAUUAAUAUUAUUAUUAAUAUUAUUAUUUUUAAUAUUAUUAUAAUAUCACAGCGGAGAGAGAUCAUAUUAUUCGUAACGAUGAUCAUUCUCAUCUUUAAAAUCAUCUUCACCGUCAUCACAAUCGUCAUCGUCAUUUAUUAUUAUUAUUAUUAUUAUUAUGAAUUAUUAUUAUGAAUUAUUAUUAUUAUUAUUAUGAUUAAUUAUUAUUGUUAUCGCAAUGUUUAUAUCAUCUAUUCGCGUCGGCUCGGUCGAUCGUGACGAGGUAUGGAUUCCGUUCGCGAUUUUUUUUCUCAACAUUGAGAUCACCAUUACGCCCUUUUUAUUACGUAUAUAUGAUAAAAAAAAAUAAAUAAAUAAAUAAAAAAAAGAAAUAAAGUUAAUAUUUCGAAAUGAGAAAAAAAAGAAAAAGAAAAAAAAAGAAGACAAAUAAAGUGGCAGAGUAAAAUGAAAGGAAUGGUCGAAUUGUGGUGGUUCGUAAUGGAAAGGGGGUGUAAUGGUUGUUGAAAAUAAAUAAAUAUAAAAAAAGAAAAGUAUGAAAAAUAAAAAAAAGAAAACAUAUCGUGUCAUGUCGAGAGCGAACGAUUGCCAUCACCUUUUAGUCAUUCGUGUCAACAAAAUUUCACGCGGCUCACAACCCGGUGCCACAUUGGCAGCCAACGAGAGCGCAGACUGUGUCUUUUCGCAAUAAAUGAAUCAUUACGAAAAAAGUAAAAAAACAAAAAAAAACAAAUUGAGAGAGAUGUAUUCACUCGAUAUUUCUAAUUCAUCAACAACUUGUCAUAAUUCCACUUCCUCUGAUUUUUUU